CUUAAAUACUUCAACACUGCCGUAGAAAACGUGGAUGAUCAGCAAGCCAGUGCUCGUCAAGCUCUCAUCCUUCUUGCUUUUACUUUCGAUUGUUAACUGGCAUUUCAUGAGCUCGGCGCUGGCGAGAAUUCGAAGCAUUGGGACUCAUCUUUCCAGAUCUGUGGCUCCUACGACGAUUGCUCCAUUGACACGGACGAUAUUUACAACAAUGGACAAGAAAGACAGCAUCCUCAACUGGGUUACACCAGGCGACAAAUCUGGCGAGUUCAAGCGGCAAACAUCCGUAUUCCGGAACUGGAUAGAAAACAAGCCUGGCGCGGAGUUCCCGGCCGAAAAAGAUCGUUAUCAUUUAUAUGUGUCGUAUGCGUGUCCGUGGGCGCAUAGGACCCUAAUUGUGAGGAAGUUAAAGGGGCUGGAAGGGAUUGUUGGGUUUACGAGUGUGCAUUGGCAUAUGGGUGAGAAAGGUUGGCGAUUCGCAACAUCCGACGAAAAUGUUCCUGGCGAGAAUGUUUUACCCGAUCCUUUGCACUCGGAAUAUACACACAUCCGCGAUAUUUACUUCGAGCAGAAUCCUGAAUAUGCUGGUCGUUUCACUGUCCCGACGCUGUAUGACAAGAAGCAGAAGCGGAUUGUGAACAACGAGAGCUCGGAGAUUAUUCGCAUGUUUUAUUACGCUUUUGAUGAUAUACUAGAUGAAGAGUACAAGGGUGUAGAUUUGUUUCCGGAGAAGUUGCGGAAGGAGAUUGAGGGGAUGAAUGAAUGGGUUUACAAUGAUGUUAAUAAUGGGGUGUAUAAGAGCGGAUUUGCUACAACCGAAGAGGCAUAUACUAAAGCCGUAACCCAACUCUUCACCUCCCUCGACAGACUCGAAUCCCACCUCUCUACCUCCACUACCCCCUACCUCCUCUCCUCCCCUACCAUAACCGAAGCCGACAUCCGCCUCUACACAACCCUCAUUCGCUUCGACCCUGUCUAUGUCCAGCACUUCAAAACCAACAUUCGCGACAUCCGCUCCGGAUACCCUUAUCUCCAUCGUUGGCUCCGGCAUUUGUAUUGGGAUAUCCCCGCAUUCAAGGAGACGACGCAGUUUGAGCAUAUUAAGAAACAUUAUACCAAGAGUCAUGCGCAGAUUAAUCAGUUUGCGAUUACGCCAGUGGGACCAGUACCCGAUGUGUUGGGGAAGGGGGAGGAGGUGCCAGCAGUGAGGUUUGCGCUUGAGUACGCGGGGAAGUGAGGGGGAUUGUGCGAAAGAGGGAAGAGGAAAGGUGGUGGAGGCUGGGAGAGUUGGUUAGGUUGAGUGGAGGUUAGGUUGAGUGGAGGUUAGGUUGAGUGGAGGUUAGGUUGAGUGGAGGUUAGGUUGAGUGGAGGUUAGGUUGAGUGGAGGUUAGUGGAUUUGGAGAUGUUGUUUGACCACAUACAAGUCCUAUAUUGCCCGAGUGAUUUGAAGUAGCAUUCUGUUUUG